GGGAAAUCACCGAUCCAUUAGGGAGCAUAGCCGCUAAAAUCUCUGUUGACCCUUUCUAGGGUUUAUGGUCGCCGAAGACGAAUGAUCAGAAAGCUCCGUUACUCUCCUUCCGGUUCUGAUUUCCACAGCGAAGAACAGUUUAUUUACAAUGGGUUCAAAGAACAAGAAAUCUAAAAAGAGCAUUGGAGAGGAGCCAAAGAACGAGGCUGACCCAAGUAACCGUGCGCAGAAUGGCGGCAAUCGCCGUGGGGGCGGAAAAGUUGUCAUCACGGACCCCCGGUUCGCAUCUGUGCACUCCGACCCUAGGUUUGCGAAGCUUUCGAAGCACAAAUCCAAGGUUGCGAUUGACUCUCGCUUCGACCGCAUGUUCACCGACAAGAGUUUCUCUUCGUCCUCCGCUCGGGUUGACAAGCGAGGUAAGCCGAGGAAGGACUCUGCCUCGCAGAACGCUCUCAAGCACUACUACCGCCUCGAAGAAGAAGGAGAGAAAUUGAAACGCAAAGCGCAAGCGGAGGACAAAGGCACCGAAAGUGAUCAGGAGAGCGAAGAGAGUGAGGAAGAGUUGAAGAAACCUGGUGGACAAUCCUCCAAUUUGGAGCCGGAAAUUGAAUCGGAUGCGUCGGAAUCGGUAGAAGAAGGUGACGAGGAAGCAGGCGAAGAGAGCGAUGAGGAUUCUUCGACCGACACUACGGUUACGGACGACGAAGAUGUGAUUUAUUCGGAAGAGGAUAAUUUCGUACAGGAGGAAGAUGUGGCAGAGAUCGACAAAGAAACUUGCAGACUUGCUGUAGUUAAUUUGGAUUGGCGUUAUGUAAAGGCAGUUGAUUUGUAUGUAUUAUUGAGCUCAUUUCUCCCUAAAGUGGGUCAGAUCUUAUCAGUGGCUGUCUAUCCAUCUGAGUUUGGACUUAAGCGAAUGGAAGAAGAAGCACUGCAUGGUCCAGUUGGCUUAUUUGAUGAUGAUAAAGAGAAAAAUGAGAGUGAUGAUGAUGAUGAUGAUGAAAUUGACAAUGAAAAAUUGCGGGCAUAUGAAUUAAGUAGGCUGAGGUACUAUUAUGCUGUUGUGGAAUGCGAUUCGAUUGCUACAGCAGAUUACCUUUACAAAACUUGUGAUGGUGUUGAGUUUGAACGAUCAUCAAAUAAGCUAGACCUGAGGUUUAUUCCUGACUCCAUGGAGUUUAAACUUCCCCCUCGUGAUGUUGCAACAGAGGCCCCAGCAAACUAUGAAGGUUUGGAUUUCCAUACUAAAGCAUUGCAGAAUAGUAAAAUACAUCUUUCAUGGGAUGAAGAUGAACCACAACGUGCGAAGACAUUGAAAAGGAAAUUUGAUGAUGACCAGCUAGCUGAAUUGGAAUUGAGAGAAUUUCUGGCUUCUGAUGAUGGUGUUAGUGAUGAAGAUGACAAUGAUGAUACCAUGGAAGAUCAAUCGGAAAGGAAACAUAAGAAAGAAGACUUGUAUCGUGCUCUACUCCAGUCUGGUGAAGGUUCAGAUGAAGAUGGCGAGGAGGAUCAGGAUCAGGAUAUGGAGAUCACUUUCAACACUGGUUUAGAAGAUCUAAGCAAGCGCUUGUUAGAGAAGAAGGACAAGAAAUCAGAAACAGUUUGGGAGGCAUAUCUUAGGAAGAGGAGAGAAAAAAAGAAAGCCAGGAAGCAUAGAUCAAAGGAUUCCUCAGAGGAUGAGAGUGAUGAUUCUGAUCAAGAGCCAAAACAAGAUCUGGAUGACUUCUUUGAAGAGCCAUCAGUUCAAGGAAGUAAGGAUGGCAAGGGAAAAAGUGUCCGGAAGGGAAAGAAGCACCAGGAAACAUCUAAAGAAGCAGAAGCAAGCAGGGCAGAGCUUGAGUUAUUGCUGGCUGAUGACCGAGAAGCUGAUACUGGCCUGAAGGGAUACAAUUUAAAACUGAAGAAGGCCAAGGGGAAAAGAUCUAAAGAAAUUAUUGACGAGGCAAAAAUACCAACUGCUGACUUUGAUGAUCCAAGGUUUUCAGCUCUCUUCACGUCACCUAUGUAUGCUCUGGAUCCCACAGAUCCUCAGUUCAAAAGGAGUGUGGCCUAUGCUCGGCAGUUAGCACAGAAACAACGGAAGGGUGACCAGGAAUUGAGCGGGAAAAAGCAGGAAAAAAUAUUACCUAGAGAGCAGGCUCAGUUGCAUUCUGAUGAUCCAGUGACAGACAAAAAUGAGUUGCGGCCUGAUAAAUCGUCCUUAAAGAAAGAGAAACACGAGCUAUCAUCGAUGGUUAAGUCAGUCAAGAUGAAGUCUAAACAAGUUAAAGUAGCCUCGAGCAGUAAUAUUCCAGUAAACCGCGAAAAGUUGCGAAGUUUGGCCAGGAAAUGAGAGAAUCAUCCAUGCUAUCUGCCCUAUUAUUCGCAGCAGCUUUGCAAGUAAAGCUGGAGUUAUGCCGAAUGAAUAUCGGCAUUAUAAACUGGCAUGGGGGAUGGGGUGGUUUGUAAGUGCCCAGUGUGGCAGUCAAAGGUGUUGGUUGAUUAUUGGUCAUAUCAUUAAUAAUUUUAUUUUAGUGGUCAUAAGCCGCCUCAUAGAUUGGUUUUUAUUUUUAGGAUCCUUUUGUUUCCAAAACCUCGCUCUCUUGCCUGAAUCAAAAGUGGGACGGCUGGCUGAGGUGUUCGUGAAGAGGGUGCUUUGUGUACGAUUGAAAAUUAUGUAUUACUUCUUUUAUCAGGAAAACGUUAUUUCACGUCACAAUCAGUCUCUGUCGUAGCCUCGGAUAAACCAGAAAUUGGGUUGGGUUGGGUUA